CUGAUAAACCAAAUCACACAGUGACGACUCACCAGCUAACGAAACUAGACAAUAGUCCGUAAAAUAUUUGUGUUUUUCAAACAAAAGUGCUUUAGUGAUAAUGGUGUCCGUACAAACAAUCGCCACUAUUGUGGUGAAAGCGUUUAAAAUUGUUCUUAACGUGGUAAUUAUCGUACUGUACCGGACGGGCUACAAUGGAGAGUUUCUGGGAGUGGGAGGGACGUGGAACCUCAACGAGGAGAAGAAUCCUGAUGCCGAGAUCGUGGCAUCUGGUGUUAUCGUGGGUUAUCUCAUAUACACACUCGUGCAAAUUGUCACUUUCCUCUUUGGCACCACAGAACAUAAGAGAGCAUUGUCAGAAAUUGUGAUGAAUUUUGUGGGAGUGUUCCUUUGGAUUGCCGUGGGCGCUGUUGCCCUGCACUACUGGGGAGGAUAUCAGGGUGAACACCAGUUCCAGUUCGUUUUCGCUGAGAAACAAGUGGGCCUGGCGGUUGGUUCUUUGUGUGUUAUCCAGGGAGCUGUCUAUUUGUUGGAUACGGCUUUAUCCGUGAUGCAUUUUACGAAAGAGAUGCUGAAGCUGGAGAACAUAUAUUCAGGGGACCUGAUCACCAUUUCACCAGCGUCAAAAUACUUCAUUUGUGUGGACUUGUACGCAAUCAAAAUUGCUCCACUAACGGAUAACGUGUCAGAGUUCGGAGGCGGAGCGCGAGUGGUUUGGGCCAUGUCGGCAGGAGACCGAGAGACGGAAGCUCAGGGCAAGAAGGAGGAGGGUAGCAGCAGCGAGGAUGGCCGUGCUGCGACCUUCAAACGAAACUGGUGCAUCGCGUUUAGGGCGCUUGAACUGAUCCUGGCGGUGAUUGCGAUUGGUUUGAUCAUAGGAGCCCUAUAUGCGCCUCAAGUGGUACAGUCUGAUCAUCGCCACAUCGCACUUAUCUACUCCGCUUACUCUAGCUUCAUUAUUAUAACUGGAGUAUUAAUAAUCGCGCGAAUCUUCGGAGAGUCCGCUGGCUGGAGGACCUCACUAGCCUUUUCAAUUCUGGGUGUCAUCAUGUUUACAGCAGCGGCAGCUGUCAUCUUCUACGAUUGGCACCGAUCCUACUACGCAAACGUGCGACCAAACAAAAGCUCCUACGAUUUACUGAUAUCAUCUGGAGUCUUCUCCGUCAUUAAUGCUGCUGUCUUCCUCCUCCAUGCUUUCCUCACAUUCAGAAAAGACGCCGAUUAUUAAACUAGACCACUUACAUAGCACGAAAUCCUUUUAGUUAAUAUGUCACGUUUAUUUACUCCAAAGUAAUUAAUAGUAUAUUAUGUUAGAAUUAAUUGUAUAUAAUUAAGUGUUGCCCUAAAGUGUAGCUUUUGUAUAAAGGAUAGGUUAACAUUGAUUAGUUAAUUAUUUAAAUGUCCCAUGAUGCAGCUAUUUAUCGUUUGGCCGUGGAUGUGCAAGUUAAUAGUUUUAGUUUUACUAAACUUGCAAUUUUACUUAUACAUUCCCUUUGUUUAUUAGUUUAAUUUUUUUACGAAAUAAUACCACCGUCUCGUUUUAAUUUUGUGCACCUAACAGGUUAUGGCAGGGUUUUCAAAUGUCAAAUUUAACGUCAACACCAUAGAUUGACUCUGUAAUUUAUAAAAAAAUUAGACGUUAAGAAACGUUGAACAAAAGUUCAGUAAUUAAAAAAAACACAUAUUAUAUUGAAUAAGUUUGAAAGCUCUGGAUUAUGUUAUUCUUAGGUUAUGCAUAUUAUAAGUUUUUAAUUAAUAAGGGAGACCAAAGCAGUAAUCAGUAUCCGUCCAGUGGUAGUUAAGUUAUCUUCUUAUCUCUCAUCAGAACCAAAACAUUGAUCAAUCCCAAAAAAACAAGAUCACAAAUCAAGUCAAGUAUAUGGCAACAAUAAGUUAUCAGUUACAGAUUAUAUUUUACUUUUAAAGAUUAAAAUAUCAGUUUUGGAAUAGUUUUGAUUACGGUUCUAAAAUUCUUUCUACUUCACUAACUUUCGUAUAAUUUCCUUAUUAACAUUCAUAUUUUU